AUAUUUUAGGUGAGACAAGUCACCCUCGUAAGGCCCAAAAGACUUGAAAAGAAACCGCAUUAUGUCCAAAUAUCUUAUACCAAUAACACUGAUUUAAUAAUUCAUUCAUCACUUUUUUCGACUCCCAUGAAAUGAAAUGAAACUCAAAUGAAGGGCAAAUGCAGGAGAUUAGAGGACUUAUUCCUUGGCCCUGCUCUGUAAUGCCAAAGAAGCGAAGGGUUAGCAGUAUAGCAGAAUAAUUCAGCUAACAUUCUGCCGGCACGUACGAUUUUUCAAAAGAAACGUUUCUUUCUCCCUCAGCUACCUAAUGAGAAACGUAGAAAAAUUUCCUGACAUUGAUAGUAACACCUAGUAAAUUGUGAGGAGGAUUGAAGGAGGAGGAAAAAAAUAAUGGCGCAGAGCAGCGGCAACAACAGCAGCAGUAGCAAUAAUAGUAACAAUAACAAUAAUCCGGCGGCGCUGCCGGUGAGCGAAGUUUACUGGGGGCUGGUCGAUAAGGCCGACAAGAAAUUCGCACGCGUGAGAGAUUUGCCCUCGUACGGACGCAGCAAAUAUGAUUCUUAUUUUCACAAGGUUUUCAAGGUUUAUACGAAAUUGUGGAAAUUCCAGCAGGAGAACAGGCAGAAAUUGGUGGAGGCGGGGUUGAAGCGGUGGGAGAUCGGAGAAAUUGCCUCGCGUAUAGCGCAGCUGUAUUAUAGUCAGUACCAGAGGACCAGUGAGGCCAGUUAUCUUUCGGAAUCAUAUAUUUUCUACGAGGCGAUCUUGAGCAGAGAGUAUUUUAAGGAGAGCGGCCAAGAGAUCGCAUUGGCUAACAAACAACUCAGAUGUUAUGCACGCUUCAUAAUUGUGUGCCUUAUGCUCAACCGGAGAGAGAUGGUUCAGCACCUGCUCAGUCAGCUCCGAAUGCUUGUAGAUGAUUAUCGCCGCACAUUUCAGGAUACAGAUGCUAAAGAGUGGAAGCGGGUGGUGCAAGAAAUUAUUCGAUUUAUGAAAGCAGAUAGUGCUUUUUCAAACAGCAGGCCUUUGCGUUAUAGUGUGCGACUUGAUCCACAUCCAAAUUCUAUUCCUCGUGUUGCUAGCUUGGAAAGCAGGCAGGCUCUAAAAUUACGAGAUGCAAUAUUGACAAGCUAUCAUCACAAUGAGAUUAAGUUUGCUGAGGUUACUUUGGAUACCUUCCGAAUGCUUCAGUGUUUAGAGUGGGAACCUAGUGGGAUCUUCUACCAGGUGCGUACAGGGGAUUCAGGAAUGAAUGGAUCUUUUGCUGGGCAGACUGGAUCAAGUCGCAUGAAUCCUGCUGAGGAUAUAACCGAUCCAACUUUGCCACCGAAUCCACGCAAAGCUAUCCUCUAUCGGCCUACUGUUACACAUUUUCUGGCUGUAUUAGCCACGAUUUGUGAAGAGCUCCCAGCUGAUAGUGCAGUGCUACUAUAUAUAUCAGCUUCAGGUAAGCCUACUCGAGGAUCUGUAUCACUAUCUACAUCUGGCACUAUACUGAAUCAUGCAGAGGCAGAAUCUCAUGCUGAUCACCAUGUAACGGAUACAUCUUCAGAAGCAACGUCUGUUUCUCCUUUGAGUUCACCACAUGACAGCCCUACACCUCAAAGACCCUCUAUUCAUGAGAGGGGGAAGUUAGGCAAUGGUGGGAGUGGUGGGCUGUGGUUAAGUUCUCAAGGAAGCAGAGGUCUCAACUGUAUCUAUCCUGGUGACAUCAUUCCCUUUACAAGAAAGCCCCUCUUUGCAAUCAUUGAUAGUGACAAUAGUAAUUUGUUCAAGGUUAUUAGUGGUGCAGAAAGAGGAGAGCCUGCAGCAUUACUCCUUUCUCCAGCAGUGCAACCUAAUUGUGUGAACACUUCUAAAAUCGAUUGUUCUCGCUACCAGAAUAAUGGGAGUCUUUUCACGUUUUUCCUUACAGCCCCUUUACCAGCUUUUUGCCGACUGAUUGGUGUGUCAGCAGUCAACCUUGGGACCGGUGCAUAUGACCAGGCAGACAAAUUACUAUCAUCUUUUCUUUCAGACUGGGGAGGGAUUCUUGCAACAUCUAGCUCCGUUGACUUUGUUUGGGCACGCAUUCUGUCUGACCCGUUCUUUAGGCGUCUCAUUCUCAGGUUCAUUUUCUGUCGUGCAUGUCUUUCAUUGUAUUCUUCAUCUUUCAACAAGAAAGAGUGUCUCCCGGAAUGCCUACCUCGACUUCCAGAUCAGUUCUUGCCAUCUUCUUCAACUAUUGAAUCUUGCAUAUUUCACCUUGCAAGCAACCUUCAAGUUGUAGAGCACUUUACAUUUUCAGAAAGCAUUUCCAUUUCCAAGGACACAGAGGCCAAGAGACAUCGGGAUGGUGAUUGUUCUUCAAGUGAAUCGAACAAAUUCCAGACUUCAGAUGUGACUUCAAAUUCUGGAGAGAUAGAAGAACAUUUUUCUGAAGAAAAUGGUCACUAGAAUACCAUUGAGAAGAUAACUGGAAUUUGUUGAUGAUUUGAGAAAUAUUUUGAUGGAGUUCAUGUGUUUACAGGAAUGAAAGAGAAUUUUUAGCUUUUUUCGCACUUUGCAAGGAUGGGAUGUAAACAUCAUUGACUAUAUCAAGGUUGGAAGACAUGACCUGGAUAUCCCAUGGCCAUUUUCUAUUUUCAUUUAUUUACCUACUUGUAUACAGGCCUUUCUGGAAGAAGCUAUAUUUGCAUGUUGCAGCCAGCAUGACAACUCAGUAUCAGUAUGAUAUUUCUUGUGCAAUUUGCUUGUGUUCUUGAAAAUUAAUCUAUAAUGACUUGGUUUGGAUUCGUAUGUGUACCAAUACUUGGAGAGCAGUUGCAUACAAUCUCAGGUUCUGUUUGUUAGACCAGAUUUUGGCCACAAGGGUGUUAUUGGCCUGGGUUUUGGAUGGUUUUUGAAGGAAUCAGUAGAACUGUAGAACAUGUAACAUGCUUGAAUAUUUUCAGAUGCUUAUAUUUAUGUAUGAGGUGAAUUGUAGAUGUUCAAGCUGAGCUCUUUAUGGCUCAGUGUUUGAGCUGGCUACACUUUAAAAUCUUUCUUUCUUGUUGCAAAAUUAUUCAAUUUAUGUGAAAAGGAUUUGGAAUCACCAUCUCAACUGUUAAUGUAAAACAUUCCGGAUGUGCUAUAAAUUGUUUGUCUAAAGCUCU